CUUUGCCGUUUGCUGCAAAACAAAGCCGCAAGUAGGUGAGCUUCAGGGCAGCGAUGAUGAUUUUGAAGUUCUCACGAUUGGUAGUAAAAGCAGUCGAUCAGACUGGAUAGUCACGGCAAAAGUUGGAGGAAAGCUUAUUGCUUUCAAAGUGGACACGGGGUCUCAGGCUAAUUUGCUCCCAGCCGCGUUGUACGCAAGCAUGAACCGCAAGCCGCAGGUAAAGCCCAGCAGUGCCGUCCUACGCUCCUACGGUGGAAACGAGAUCAAACAUAUGGGUAUCGUGAGGCAAGAAGUGACAUUCCAUGACCGUACUUCCGUUCAGGACUUUUUCAUUGUCCGCAAGGGAGCUCAAGCGAUUCUCGGUCUGCAGGCAUGCGAGACGCUCGGAAUAAUCGCGCGACAGGUUGUCUCCAACGCCACUACCGCAUGGUCCUGCGCGAAGGAGCACUCCCAGUCGUCCAGACAGCACGCCGAGUACCGCUGGUCUUGAGGGAGCCGCUUCGAAAGGAGCUGGAUCGCAUGGAGAGGGAAGGCAUAAUUAUAAAAGUCACGGAACCUACAGAAUGGGACCUCUCCUUUGGAAUGCGGACUGGCACCUGCAGAGAUCCUCCAGGGUCGCCGGCUGCGGACGCGGCUACCCGACUACCAGUGUGGUCCUUCCCACCGAGUCGUCAAACAUAGUCAGGCUCGAUCAUCAACACAGCCACUAACUCCACUCCAUGAAGGCGACGUUGUGAGAGUUCAGUGCGGCUCGUGGGCCACCAAAGCACGAGUUCUGAAGCCGUCAACAUAUCCUAGGUCGUGCCACGUCAUCACACAGGAAGGGCGCUGCCUCCGGCGCAACCGCAAGCACUUGCUACCGACUGGAGAAUCCUUCCAGCAGGACUCUGUUCCCAACGGGAACAACGUAGAACCAUGUAGCCCGACAGCUGCGAGGCACGUCGAAGAUAUAGUGCCACAUCAUGACCCAAC